UUCACAUAAUUAUGAAAGUAAAAACCUCUGCUCUACGUUUUACAAAUAAAUGCUAGGUCUACAAUCAAUCAAGACACAGAACUAGAUCUAACUAUGGCGACGUGCUUCUGCUGCCCCAAACCUCGCUACAAACGGCUGGUUGAUGGGCUCUUCCCAGAGGACCCUCAAACACCCACACCUGUGUCUGCUAAUAUGGACAAGCUGCUCUUCUUUGCUCAAACCUCCCCUGACCAUCUGGACAAUAUUGGAGAGUACCUCGCUCUGAGACUGCGUCGGAGCCUGCAAAGAGAGAGAAAUGGGCAUGUGAGUGUGGCUCUGCAAGUGACGGAGAAGCUGCUGUCAGCCUGUGACUCACGAAAGCUCCAGUUGAUUGUGGAUAGCUACCUGGAUAUACUGCAUAAUAUGCUGGAAACAAGCAACACAGAACUGCAUAUCAUGGCCACCAAUUCGUUUGUGAAGUUUGCCGAGCGAGAGGAAGGGAACACCCCCUACCACAGACAGUACGACUUCCUCAUCCACCGCUUUGCCUCUCUUAGCCUCACCAAGAAUGUCGACGACGCCGACAAAUAUCACGAGACGCAGAUGGCUGGGUUGCAACGGCUGAGGGGAGUGAUAAAGAAGAUUGGUCGGCAAGACAACCUCCAGAUGAACAUUUGGGACCUAGAUCACAUGAACAAGAUAGUGCCGCCCUUCCUCUUCAAUAUGCACAGUCACAGUGUCGCCCAGUCAAGAGAGUCUGGUGAGAUCCAGCCUGUUGUGGAGGAGGGAGACAGUCUGGGAGGGUACUCUCAGGAUAGUCUCACUGAGCUCAUCAUUUUUGCCGGACUCUCUCACAUCGACAGUGUCCUCAAGCCAAUACUGCAACACUUUGACCUAAACAAAUUAUGGAUAUCAGACAAGGAAUUCACAGCUGGUGUGUACGUCAUCGUCGUGGAAGCCAUGCAGAGACAGGAUCGGUACAAGGCCGUCCAGUCGCUGGUGGACCACCUGGAUGCCAAGGUGAAGGAGUCCUGGGAGACCAAACAAGGGAUCCUCAGCACACUCUCUAAGUGUGUUGCCGUGGCAGCAGACAGCUCUCUAGGUCCGUCUGUACUGGAUAUAUUCCGUACACUGGUCCGCCACCUCCGUAUCUCCAUAGAAACUGUUUCAGAAGGCCCCUCCGACCUCACGUCCUCUCUGACCUUUCAGCAAUCCAUCACUAUCACUGUGGGGGAGUUUGCAGGAGUCCUUCCCGACUAUCACAAGCCAGAUAUACUGGGGAAAAUCAACUCUUAUGUACCCGUGGCCUCAGGGGGUCUUGAUAGCGGAGCCACCACUGGACUGUCUGUACAUCCUCUGGCACCUCAGGACACUCAAAACAGUUUCCUGUCAUAA